CCUCUCUCCUGUCACCAUGGCCCACCUCCAAUUUAUGGUGGUGGUGGCGUUUGUGGCAACAGCCAUUAUCACUCGGCCUACUCUGGCGGCGUACACCGACCUUGUUGCCCGUCCCUCGUGGGCAGACAAGAACCAGGAUGGCCUGACGUACAACCCGUCGUCCAACCCGCAAGGUGCCAUCGGAACCCCGUGCACCAUCGGCUCGGGCUGGUGCUCGCCAGUCGACAACAACAACCUGAACAAGCUCCUGGUGAGCAUGAACGUUGGCCCGUUCUGUGCCACCAUUCUCCGCCCGGCUGGGAUGGCCAUGAAGCGCGGCCUGGAUAACCUCCGUGCUGCAGACUCGGUGCUGUGGGGCAAGCUCCAUGCCUCGUGCAUCUGCUGCCGCUACAUCUCGGGAUCGACGACGUACUCGAACCAUGCCUGGGGCGGGGCAUGCGACUUUACCAUCGACGGCCAGCUUGAUCCCUACGGCGACGGGCUGACCCAGACAGGGCUCAUCGACGUCUAUCCGCACCUGCACGCCGAGGGCUUUUACUGGGGUGCCGGCUUUGGCUACCCGGGCACCUCGUCGGAGGACGCCAUGCACUUUGAGGUCUCGCAGCAAAAGUUCGACGAGUGGGAAGCUGACGGGAGCCUCGACCCGGACGCGCCGUGGCCUGUGCCGGCCUCGCCGCUCUCCGAGGCGUCGUGCCCGUGGACGACGACGCCGCCCGGCGGCGUCCUUUGGACCUCGGGCGAUCCCGUCGACCCGCUCUCCAUCCUAGUCCAGUCUCUCGUCUCGUACAACUGUCACUCGGCAACUGCCGACGGAAAGUACGGCUCCGGGACGGCCAACAAGGUUGCCGCCUUCCAGAGUGACCGCCAGCUGGCGGAGAGCGACGGCAUUACCCGUGGCAUCACGUGGCGGACUCUGUUUGUGCCGGCCGCCCUCGGCGACUCGAACACUGCGGUCCGCGGCUACAAGGAGACGCUCAAUCGGCUGUAUGGCGCCUCGCUCACGGUCUCCAACACCUUUGAUUCGGCCAUGGCCUCGGCAGUCUCCUCGUUCCAGUCGUCGCACAGCCUCGCCGCCUCGGGCUCGAUCGAUCUUGCCACGCUGCAGGCUAUGGUCAGCGGGUGCUCGAGCGGCGGCCCCGGGCCGACACCCGCCCCAACACCCGCCCCGACACCUGCCCCGACGCCCGCGCCCACUCCAGCCCCGACGCCCACCCCGGGCUGCGUUGACGUCUACCGCGUCACCGCCACCAGCCUCAACAUGCGGUCCGGGCCCGGCACCUCGUACGGUGUGGUCACCAGCCUGCCGAACAACGCCGAGGUGGAUGACGUGCAGCCCGGUACGACUUGGUCAGCUAAUGGUUUUACCUGGCUGCAUCUCAACUACGGUACGUACGAUGGGUAUGCUGUGACAGCGUACCUUGCGUACGUCCGCCAGGAUUGCCCCACUCCUGCGCCUACUCCUGCGCCCACUCCUGCGCCUACCCCUGCGCCCACUCCUGCGCCUACUCCUGCGCCUACUCCUGCGCCUACUCCUGCGCCUACUCCUGCGCCUACUCCGGCCCCCACGCCCACUCCUGCGCCCACUCCUGCGCCCACUCCUGCGCCUACUCCUGCGCCUACUCCUGCGCCUACUCCGGCUCCCACGCCUACUCCUGCGCCCACUCCUGCGCCCACUCCUGCGCCCACUCCUGCGCCCACUCCUGCGCCCACUCCUGCGCCCACUCCUGCGCCCACUCCUGCGCCCACUCCUGCGCCCACUCCUGUGCCCACUCCGGCCCCUACUCCGGCGCCCACUCCUGUGCCCACUCCGGCCCCUACUCCGGCGCCCACGCCUACUCCUGCGCCUACUCCGGCCCCCACUCCUGCGCCCACUCCUGCGCCUACUCCUGCGCCUACUCCUGCGCCUACUCCGGCUCCCACGCCUACUCCUGCGCCUACUCCUGCGCCUACUCCGGCCCCCACUCCUGUGCCCACUCCGGCCCCUACUCCGGCGCCCACUCCUGUGCCCACUCCGGCCCCUACUCUGGCACCUACUCCGCCUCCCACCCCGGCCCCGCCCACCCCGGCAUGCACUCCGUGCUCGCCACCAAACGCAUGCUCCAACGCCGGGAUCUGCUGCGACGGCCAAUGCCGCUGCGACUUUGGCUUCCAACCCGACGCGGCCGCCCGCACAGACUGUGUCGCAGUCCCGACCCUCGACCUCGGCAGCGCUGCAGCGUCAGCGUCGGCCUCAGUCUUUGGCGGCCACUUUGCGUUCUUCCGCUACACGCCCUGGGCCACGUCAGGCGCCGGUCGCAGCCUGCUGCAGACCGGCGCAGCCGAGGAAUUGGUCAUCUCGGUCGUUCCGCAAGGCGUGUUGCCUCAGGACUUUGUCAUCUACGCCUCUGAGGGGACAACGCUGCCGUCGGCAACCGCCCACGACGCCGUGUCAGCCCUCUCGGACGACAAGACAGCACAGACGCUGCGGCUGAUGCCGUCGGCCGGCGGGCCGGCAACGGUCGUCAUGAUCGGCGUGACAUCGCAGAGUGACGCCGCGUUUGCCAUUUCAGCCGCCCCGGUCUCGGCCGCAGCCGGCGCCACCGCCGGCCGUGUCACCAGCGACUCACCGCCGUCUGGUGUCUCGGACAAGCCGUGGUUCAUCUACGCUGUCGGCGGCGGCGCCGUCGUCGUCCUCGCCGUCGUCGUCGCCGUCGUCGCCGUCGCCGUCCGCCGCUCGCGGUCGGGCAUCAGCUAUGCCGGCGAUGACCUCUACGACAACAUGGCCUUCGUCUCGGCCAUUGCCCCGCCCUCCAGCCGCGAUAAUGCGUCUGUUGAACUCGAGCACAUCUCGCCCAAGGCGUGCCCUCCGGCCACCAAGCCCAAGAAUGUAGCAAAGGCGACCAGCCCGUCGUCGCAGCGCCGCGCGCUCUAUCCGCUCGAGCCGCGUGAAGCCGACGAGCUCAAGUUCGCUGCCGGCGAUAUCAUCAACGUCAUCGAAGAGUAUGACGACGGCUGGGCGCUUGGUGUGAUGGGUGGUCGCGAAGGCGUCUUCCCUAUCUCCCACACCGCACUCGUCGCCGCCGAUCCCACCGACACCACCCUGGCAUGCUUCGAGUACACGCCGCGGCAGAGCGACGAGCUCGCCAUGAAGCCAGGCGACGCCAUUGCCGUCCUCGAAGAGUUUGAAGACGGAUGGGCCCGCGGCCGCAACACCCGCUCUGGUGCCGAGGGCGUCUUCCCGGUCUCGUACAUCCGCCGCCGUAACGGCUCGUCCGCAAGCAGCCUCCCGCCCAAGCCGCAGCCGCUCCCAAGCUCGGCGCCCGCGCCCUCGGUCGCGCCGGCAGCCAUUCCGCCCAAGCCGCGGCCGCUGUCGAACGCCCCGCCGCCGCCAACCUCACCACUCGCCCUUCCACCCAAGCCCAAGCCGCUCGCCCAUCGAUGA